CGUGAACUAGCGGACGAACCGGAAACUGUAAAGCACAAACCGUUUGUCAGAGAAAAUGAGGAUACACUCAGGGGGUGAUGAUGUUAGCUGAGGAGAGACAGUGGAGGAGAAAAGAUGUGAAACUAACUGGUGGGAAGACAGUCAUUUGGAGGACGGUAACUUUGAUCAACAAAGUGGUGAAAUGAGUUCUUCAGAAGAGCUGAAAGAGGCAGACACAGACAUUAGCAGACCUCAUCAGUGUCAGACGUGUGGGAAAUCUUACAGUCGGAUCUGUAGUCUCAAAAGACAUGAACUCACUCACACUGCAGAGAAACUGUACCACUGUGAACAAUGCGACAGCAGCUUCAGUGAGCUAAAGACAUACAAGCUCCACCUGCAGACCCACACUGAGGAAACACCAUACUGCUGCAGCCUGUGUGGGAGACAUUUCAGCGACCAGAGCUCAUACAGAAAACACCUGAGCAGCCACACUGGACCAUACCAGUGUGACCGAUGUGAAAAGACCUUCAGUCAGUGGGCGAUUAACCCAUCUCUUACUGAGGACGUGAAGAAGUACCUGACAGGCACUGAAGGGGGAUCCAUUACUUUACCUGACCCUCUGAUGGUGCAGGGGUUUGUUUCAUUUGGAAGAAUAAUCUUAGCUAUGGUGGAAAAUAAGAAUAUUGAAGUAUAUGAGGAACUUUACAAAGACAGACUUCUUUGGGACAGCGACACUGGACUCUUUUCAAUCACUGGCCUGCAGAGGAACGACUCAGGGAUUUAUAAUAUUGACUCUAAAAAAGGAAACGUUUUCACUGCAUCAUAUAAACUCACAGUGUAUGAGUCUGUACCAGCUCCUGCUGUGAGCACACUGAGUGUGAGCGCUGAUGGCUGCACCUUGCUGUGUUUUGUGAAGAAAGCUGAGGAAGCGACACUGUCGUGGUACAAAGACGAGGAAAUACUGAACCAGACUGGCUCCGUUCUCUCUUUGCCUCUGACUGUGCACAGCCAGGAUUUCAGCUUCUCUUACAGAUGUGUUGCAGCCAAUCCUGCUGAAAACAAGACUCGUCCAGUCAAUGUUACAACACUCUGCAGUGACCAAAACAACACAGACAGCAGGGGCAACAUGAACACAAGACAAUAUGUGAUUGUAAUUGGAAUUCCCAUCGUGUUGGCUGUAAUUCUUCUAUUUGUCAUCACGUGGAAGUGUCUCGACAAAAACAAGAGGACAAUCAAACAAACACAAGAUGCACUGAGAACAUAUUUGAACAAGAAGCCCAGAGAAGCUGCUGCAAAAUCUACAAGUCAGGCAACAUGCAGCAGCACGGCUGGAUACAGCACAUCACCUCACUACCUCAUGACUUCCAGUGAGACACAGCCUGAAUCAGAUUCAGUGAGCAGCGAACCAGACGUUAACUAUGCUGACAUUGAUAUUUCUGAAGACAGACGCAGUCAGGUUGGUCUGCAAACACACCCUCAGGGUGGAAAUUUACCAGAUUCAUCAAGAAGUGCCGACAACUCCUAUCUAACAACAGUCUGUUAUAAACCAUUAUGAACAGUUCCAGUCUGUUUUCCGCUCACGUCACAGCACAGAGACAGCUCUCCUAAAAAUCAUCAACGAUCUCCUGAUGGCAGCUGACUCCGGACUAUUAACCAUCCCCAUCCUCAUCCUCCUUGACCUGGGUGCAGCCUUCAACACCAUCUCCCACGUCAUCCUCCUCGACAGGCUAGCAUCAAUUGGUAUAUCUGAACGCUCAGCUCUACCUUACCACCAAGCCCACCUCCACCUUCCCGCCCUCCUCCCUCUGUGACUGUUUAUAGGAAAUCAAAUCCUGGUUUUCUUCAAAUCUCCUAAAACUCAACAGUGACAAAACCGAGGUUCUCCUCCUAUGAGGCCAGGUGCUCUGAGCUGUCAAAAAGUUCUGAACUGAAAAAAAAGGCACGUUUGAUGCCUGGAUCUACCUGGUGUCAGCAGAGAGUCCAUUGUUUGGUGGUGUGCUGUCUGUUGGUGGGGCAUAUCCUGUGCACAUGGCUGAAAUGAGUGAGACUGUACAGAGGAUUUGAUGACUAGAGGGCGCAUUCCCCCCUGAGUUGACUACUAUCUAGGACCCCUCCAGCAUCACUUUUGGACAUGUCAGUUUCUGUGUCAAUUUCCGUUCAUUACGUUUUACAGUGCCUUCAAAAUAAACUUCUGUUGUCAUAGGAAACAUAGUUAGGUUUACAGAAAUGAUCUGACAACUAUGUCACCUGACGACUAUGUCACCUGACAACUAUGUCACCUGACGACUAUGUCACCUGACGACUAUGUCACCGGACAUACACCAGUAAGUUGGUGGUUAAAAAAACUCAAGCUGACUUUCUGUUUCACAGGGGAUACAAACAGCAGUCUCCUGAGGAAAGUUCGGUGUGUUUGACCCCCACAUAUAAGGUGACCCUUAUAUGAGAUCAAGUCCAACAGUUUCCUUACUGACUUAUAUCACUGACAAUACCAGUUAGAUGUAUUUACAUGAUAAAUAAAUGUAUUUUCAACAUUAAAACACAUUAGGCUACAACGUGCCAUCUGAUGCACCUAUUUUGGUGUAUUUAAAUAUUUCGUUCACACUGGGGUCUCUAAACAAACAGUCUUGGAAUUACAUAAACUGGGUAUGACUGGGAUUCUGACAGUUGACAGCCAUAAACUUCAGGCUAUUUAAGUUCUGCGCACAAUUUGAUUAAAGCUACCUACAAGAUUUAUAAAUGAAAAUGAAGAAAAACAUUAGUAAUUAGCAAUAUUUUUUUUUUCCAAUCAAUUCUUGAUGUUGUCUGCUGAAGGCAGCAGAGCAGCAGUAAAGUGGCCAGCUUAGCAGUAAAUGUGCAGUGUAAGUCACAGUUUUUCUGUUAAUAAAGGCUGCUGCUUCACUGCUUUCCAGCUGCUGGUAAAGUGAAGAGGGUUAACCCCAAAGUUACUUUGGCCCAGGAGAUAAACAAAUCUCCCCUGCUGCUGCCACCACCAGCUGGAGCAGGACAGGUUUACAAAGUAUAAAGGGUGGAAAUUUGAGUCAGAAAGUUUGACUUUGACUCCCUCUAGUGGUUGCAUUAGAAACAACAAUGUGGUAGACAUGUCCACAUUAAAAAUUAUAAGAUAUUAGAUGAAAUCA